GGUUCUUCCCCCAGUGACAGCCGGGAGAGGUUCCCGCCUUCUCUGACGUCACCGUGAGGCCGGCUCCGGAGCGCAGCGAACGCAAGAUGGCGGCCACCACGGGCUCGGGUUGUAAAGUUCCUCGUAAUUUUCGUCUUUUGGAGGAGCUGGAGGAAGGUCAGAAGGGUGUGGGCGAUGGGACGGUUAGCUGGGGUCUGGAAGACGAUGAGGACAUGACACUCACAAGAUGGACCGGUAUGAUAAUUGGACCUCCUAGGACAAUUUAUGAAAACCGAAUAUACAGCCUUAAAAUAGAGUGUGGGCCUAAAUAUCCGGAAUCAGCUCCGUUUGUUAGAUUUGUAACAAAAAUAAAUAUGAGUGGAGUGAAUAAUUCAAAUGGUGUGGUGGAUCCCAGAGCCAUAUCAGUUCUAGCAAAAUGGCAGAAUUCUUAUUGCAUCAAAGUUAUUCUGCAAGAACUACGGCGUAUAAUGAUGUCUAAAGAAAAUAUGAAACUUCCUCAGCCGCCUGAAGGACAAUGUUACAGCAAUUAAAAAAACAAAACAAACAAAAAAAACACAACAAAAAAGGAAAAAAAAACACACAAAAAAAUUCAUGCCCAAUUUACAUUGAAUUUAAGCUGUCUUCAUUUUUCACAAUAGUAAAUUUUCUAGAUACAUCUUGUAGACUUCAGAGUACUGGAAAGGAAGUUCCCAAGAUAAAAGCAGUUUAUCUUGAGUGACUGUAAAUUGAUACGAAUAUAUACAUAUACAUACAUAUAUAUGUGUGUGUGUGUGUAUAUAUAUAUUUUCCUCGUGCUCCCUAUUUAAGCUCUCUUUAAGUUGUGCUAUUACAUAAUCCCAUCACGUCUAACCACUGUCUGCCUAGUUAUAACUUCUGUUCUCAAGAAAAUCUAUUUACAUUUAUUACUGUUCAAAAGGAGUGUGGUAAAUACCUCGACUGUGAAACGUAUCACACAAUCACAUUGCUGCAAAUUUCAUUUUAGGUAAUUUUUUUGUUUGCCUGAUUUUAUUCUAUUUGCUUUAGACUCAUAGUCCCAAGCUAUCUCUAAAAUGUCCUACAAAAGGGUCCCCCCCCAUCUCUCCAUUUUUAUUUUUUUUCCCCCUUUUAAUUUUUUUUUUCGUGCGUGUGUUCCCGGCUGCACACCGGGUUUCAUGGACUACUAAUGGAAUGCGUGCUAACCUGGGUCAUCCUUUACCUCCCCUCUGUGUCGUCUUUAAUAAAUGCUGAAUGUGGCA